CGUGACGAUGAGUCUGUGCUGUUUACGGCGAGUCAUAUGGCCGCUUUCUUUUCGGCCUGUCUAUGCUUAAUGGCCCGCCGAGACGCCCUUCCAUUCGACUUCUUUCGAGCAAGCCGACAAGGGAUUCCUCGACUCCCGGCAUUCGAUGACUGUAUGACUGCAAUGUUACAUAAGAGUCAGCUAGAAAGUGUGCCGCAUCGGUCACUCGCAGCAGUCCUGGCUUCAGCUCUUUUAAUGCAGGCCUGCCCUCCUGCAGCUCAUCACUUCUCUGCACAGAAGACCUUCGAUGUAUGUUUCCGUAGCGCGGUCUCGUCUUCACUGGAUAACUGCUAUCUCAAAACAGGGCUGGAGCCAAAGACGGUAGCCCAUCGAACGCUACGUGAUCAAGUAACGCAAUUCGUACGACGCAUGUUCGUAGAGAGAUGGGAGGUAAUGGAGCGGCAAGGCGUAACCAGCGCUACCUUGCACCGCCAACUCCUGCAGGAUCCGGAUGUACGGUGUCACUGGUCCAGAGUACAAAGCAACGCAUUCUGCUCGAUCUGCGUAUUCAGGCGGCCCGAACACGUAUUGAAAUGCAAGCACGCAGUAUGUGACUGGUGUGCCAUGACAUUCGGCUGGGGCAGCCCUCGGGAGGAAUACACUUACGAGAUUAAAACGUGCCUCGCGUGCAACGAUUCGGGUGACUUACUCAUCCGCCUGAAACCGCCUACGGCUGGAGUCAGGAUACUAAGCAUCGACGGGGGCGGAGUGCGCGGAGUGGUACCUCUCGAAUUCCUUAGGUUGGUCCAAGGCUCCAUUGGUGAGAAUACACGCAUACAAGAGUACUUUGAUCUAGGACUAGGCACCAGUGCAGGCGGCCUUAUCGUCCUGGGACUCUUCUCACGCCGAUGGGAUGUUCACGACUCGCUUCUAAGAUUUCGCCGCCUAGCAAGCCAAUUUUUCACAACCACGAUGUCGGAAACCUUUCCACCGCUUGCACGCUUUUAUUCAUAUUUGCGCUGUAUCGUGCGCGAUAGUUGUUACAGAGAGGAUUCCCUCAACGAAACACUGCGGAAAAGCUUUGGAGUGCAUAACAGGCUAUUUGACUACCCGGAAGCUGGUAUAUCACAAUGGAAACUUUUCGCGCCAUUCACGAUAGAAGGCGUGGGCACCUUUCAAGACGGUGGACUGCGUCACAACAACCCGAUCAAUAUUGCGCUCUGGGAGAGCAGCCGCAUAUGGGACCGGGAUGUAUCCAAGGACGUUGUGCUAUCACUUGGUACUGGCGCAGGGGCGAGCCCAACAAGCCCGGAUGUGACGCGGAAAGCCCGGACGUUUCACGAUAAAUUCGUUCCGCGACUUGUCCGUUCGUUCAUGACAAGCCUCGAUGGGGAAACAACAUGGCGAGCCCUGCUCAACUCUGUUCAGGACGAUUCCGCGCAGCGAUACUUCAGGCUCAACCUACAUUUCAAUACAAAGGAGCCUCGAUUAGACGACGUUGCAGCAAUGGCUCGGCUCUCUAAGCAGGUUUUGGCAUCCAAGGAUGACGAAACAAUUGGGGACAUUAAGUUCGCCUUGCUAUCGUCUUGUUUCUUCUUUGAACUCAGGCACGCGCCGAGAUACGACAAUUCAGGCUUCUACGUCUGUCAUGGGGAGAUCCGGAUUCGGGGAAACUCGUCGGAAGUCCUUACUAGCCUGUCUCAGAUGUGGCAGGGACCUAUUGAGUUCAACAAGGACUCAACGUCGCUUGGCACAAUUAAUGCACUUACGGACGUCUGCUCUCAGUGCGGCAAGUAUCGCAAGAAGGUGUGCUUCUUCGUAAGACACCCUACCGAAACAAUCUCGAUUUCUAUUAUCAUAGACGGACGGAAGCGAUCAGUCAGUGGCUUCCCACAAAGUAUGGCGUGGUUUUCGGAGACGCAGCACCUGCACACGCCAUUCUACACCCAGGAGAGCGUUCAGAGACUGCCGCACUCGUGCCCCUGUCGCAAAAGCGACACUUACGGAGCCUCGAAGCGAAGACACAACGAUACACUGCCGCUACAGGAAUGUCGAAAACGAGCUCGAACGACCAUUCCUCCACUCCAACAAGCAGAUAAGCCCAGACGGCGCUUGCGCUCUGCCCGUUUGUAGUGUUGAUUGCGUAUAGUGCAGCAGUGGACAGACAUG